AUAACAUGGGCGCAUUCAAAUUUUCACUGUUGACUGUUGUGCUUGUGUCGGUUUUCGGUUGGUAGACAAAAAGAAUUCUUUAUCGUAUUAGCGGAUCUGGUAUAGUUGGGAAAUGGCACAGAAUAUCAACCCGUUCUACUCGUCUCAAAGUACGCCUAACAAAGCUAAGGAGGAAAAGCAGAACGUCCCAAAAGACAAUCAUGCAGUGAGCAAAAGGCUUCAAAAGGAACUCCUAGUCCUGAUGACCAGUACUGAAAAAAGUGUAUCUGCCUUUCCAGACGGUGAGAACCUUUUCAAGUGGAUCGGAACCAUAACCGGCCCACGAGACACGGUAUAUGUGGGGCUGACGUACAAGCUGACACUGGAGUUCCCACACAGUUAUCCGUACAGUGCUCCGGUGGUGCGCUUUGCUACCCCCUGCUUUCAUCCAAACGUCGAUUCAGCCGGUAACAUCUGUCUGGAUAUAUUGAAAGACAAAUGGAGUGCGUUGUAUGAUGUUCGUACCAUACUUCUAUCUAUACAAUCUUUGCUAGGGGAGCCGAACAAUGAAAGUCCACUGAAUCCUCAGGCCGCUGAAUUGUGGCCGAAUCAAACGGAGUACAAGAAACAUUUGCACGAAGAAUAUCGUAAAGCUCCCAGUCAUGCCAAUCAGGACUCAUGAUAAGCCUACUCUUCCACACUCCUUUAUCGCUCUAUUACCACUAUCGUAAUUCUCAGUACAGUUAAAAUACACGUACAAUUGAGGCAUGCGAGAAACACGCAUUAUUAUGACGAAUAUGUACCUACGACCUUUUUUUUUUUUUUGUUUUCGCUACCCUAACUUUAGUUUAGUAGACAUACAUACGAAUGUUGGUCACGUUUUUGACGUAAUAAUAAAAUUGUAAUAUGUAAUCGAAACCUCUUCAAAGAACAAAUUAAAACUUUGUGAUUGUUAAUAAUUCACACCUCUACGAGGUUUCUAGUAAUAUAGUGUGAUUUACUUUCGCGUAAAGUGAGCAUGUAUACAAAUUCAUUUAUAUAGGGGACUGAUCUCAAAUACACGCCGUCUACAUUCAUAAUUUUAUUAUUUGUUUGAUUUUGAAUAAAAACAAACGUUUAUUUAUUUUAUAUAUGUAAUAAUAAAUAUAAAUAUCUAAUAUCUUGGUACAACAAGGCGCUGACGUAUAUAACGUUUACAUUUGUGGAUCGUUUUCAAUUGGUUUAUUAUUGUGUAAUGCUAAAAUAAAUAUUUUAAGACCAUGCAUAUACUUUCACUUUAUUUUUCUAUUGUUGAAGCAAAUUAUGAUGAGUUGUCGAUAUAUGUACUCAAAUUCUAUGGUUUCAUAUUGCUUUGAAUUUUCUGCAGUAUGUAAAUUCCAGAGAUUUGGAUUUGAAUAAAAUUAAAUAUUCAAAUUUCGGAAAACUGUACCUUGUUAGUAAACAGCGACAAAUUUUAUACGUUCAUCUUGUGAUAUUUUACUUAUUUGACUUUUACAGACUCCGCGUGAUUAACUAUUGUCUUACAUGUGGAUGAGAAAUAAUUUAACCAAAAUAAGUAUCACUACAGAAUUCAGUAGCUGAAUAAUUCCGUUACAUUGAAAUAUCGGGGCUAGCAGUGAUCAUAUAUAGCCCCCAAAAAUUUUAAAACAUCGUAAACAGUGAAAAAAUUAAUUGGAAAUAGCGUGGAAAUAAUUCUCCGAAGAAUUAUUCUAGCAUUUAUUUUCUUUGUCACUUAAUUUUUCGUACCGACGUAAAGCGGUCACAGCCGCUAAUUCUAAAUUUAAAAAUAUAAAUAUGGAAAGGUGAUGUUUUGACCGGCUUAUGAUUCCUUUUUUUCAUUAGAAUGGAAAGUUACUUAAACGUUUAAAAUUAUCAUUGACAGUAAUUUACAAAAUAUAUUUAAUAUCUGCAUGAAUAUAAAAAAGAUUUUAAAAAUUAAAUUCGAAUAUUUUUGUACGCGAGCUUGCGUGGCGCGAUAUUAAAAGUAAAACCGCACAAAAUCAGGUGAAUAGUUCGAUACGAAAUUUUUUUUAGUAUACUACAGUAGGCAGUAUCGUAUAGUUGUUGGUGUAUCAGUUUAAUCGAGCUGCGUUAAUUAACAUUAGGAUAUGCUGUCGUCUGUGGUGAAGCAAGUGGUGAAUGCAUUCGUAAAAAAAAUACCUAGCAACAAGCUAAUAUUUACUUCAACGAUGAGAAACAUGUCAACGAAUUUUGAGGUAC